CUGAUUUAUUGGUCUUGCUCUAUUUCCCCCCUUGCGUUCGUUGAUUGCAUUCGAGGGUUUUCUUCCCUGGAUCGUCUUGUGCGCGUUCUUUCGAUUUUUCUGCAGUCAGCGGUUUCCAGAUGCUUCUUGUCUCGUCUUGUCUUAGUUCGUGAUUUGAUCGGAUACUGAUGGCUUCCAAGAGGAUCAUGAAGGAGUUGAAGGACCUGGAGAAGGACCCUCCUGCAUCUUGCAGCGCGGGCCCUGUGGCUGAGGACAUAUUCCACUGGCAGGCGACCAUCAUGGGACCAGCUGAUAGCCCAUUUGCAGGUGGUAUAUUUCUUGUGAAUAUUCACUUUCCACCUGAUUACCCAUUCAAGCCACCCAAGGUCUCGUUUCGCACCAAAGUUUAUCAUCCGAAUAUCAACAGCAAUGGAAGCAUCUGCCUUGACAUCUUAAAGGAGCAGUGGAGUCCUGCUCUGACAAUAUCCAAGGUGCUCCUAUCCAUCAGUUCACUUUUGACAGAUCCUAACCCUGAUGAUCCAUUGGUUCCUGAAAUUGCUCACAUGUACAAGACUGAUCGUGUCAAGUAUGAGGCAACUGCCCGAUCUUGGACCCAGAAAUAUGCCAUGGGAUAAGAAUCCUCUAGCUGAUGACCAAGGGUUGCUACUCGCUACUCCUCGCUGGUAAUAGCAAGACUAGGUAGGCUUGCUGCAAUAAGGAGAAAAAAGACUUGGAAACUUUGCUGGGCAAUUAGCAGUACAUGAUGUCCACCCUGCGUAAUAUUAGAAUUACAAUGAUAAGCUAUACCUUAAUUGGUGAACCAACUUUGGAUACAAACCAUGAUAUUUACCACCAUCUUAUAACUUGUUCUUCUUUUAUACUGAUAUAUAUAUAUAUCAUGAGUUGCUAUUUCCUCC